AUGGGCAGCACAAAACCGGACCUAUGCGGUGCACUGCAGCAGCUCCCACGGUCGGUCGGAGAGCGGGCAGGAGAGCGGCUCUUUGUCUACGCGCAUCUUCAACGACAGAACCACAAGGCUGCUGUGAAGGCUCAGUGCUCAGAUGAGACCGCAGACCUCUACCGUUCAGCGAUGAGGCCACUCGCUAAGUGCAUCUCGACGCGACGCGCACCCUUGGACGCAGUGGCAGCAGCGCCGCACGUGCCGUCGGCGCAGCUAGAUGAGCCCACAGCGAUCCGAUCGUCAACCUCGGCACUGCCGCGUUGCUGGCAGGGAUUUCUCUCCCGUACCGCCGAGCGUGAGCGACGCCGACUCGCGCGACUGCGAAAGCUGAAGCUGCGGGUAGUCGAGAGUUCAGUGGAGGAGUGUACUUUCCAUCCACGCCUCUCGCCUCAAACGAGUCGAUGCCCGGCAUGUGACUGUGUUAGCUUCGGCGCAGCACUGCACGCGACUCAAUCCACUACCAUUAUCGAUGGCGAGGCGCGAAGCUCCCAUGCCCACACGGAGGAAUGGGCGGCCGCACUUGCCAUGUUCGAGGCUGAGAUGAAAGAGCUGCAGGACACACUGGUGCGUCUUCGCCAAACGUGA